AUGGUCUGUCACUCUUUGGCUCCGUUCGUGGUUUUAGUCGCAGCCCUCUUCCUCCGGCAGGUGCAAUGCAGUCCUGUGGUAUUUGAAAAGCGCGGCAUCUGCGCCGCCGAGGAUCCAGACACAACUUUCUUGAGCGCCAUUGAACAUGUCAAAACCGACGAGACCCAACCAACUGAUGCUGGGUCGGAAGCCCGCAAGGGCCCCAUUGAGAUCGAAACCUGGUUCCAUAUCAUCACCAGCAGUGCGGAGCGAGACCAGGUUUCCGAUGACAUGAUUGCCUCUCAGUUUUCUAUCCUACAAUAUGCUUACGAGAAUGCGGCCAUUCGAUAUCGACUACGAGGUGUCACACGCCACGUUAAUGAUGCUUGGGCUCGCAAUGCAGAUGAUCUGGGCAUGAAGGCUGCCCUCCGGAAAGGAACCUACCAGACCUUGAAUGUAUACUUCCAAACCGAUCUUCAAGCCUCCCCAGGGCAAGCAGGACGUGAAGGCCGCCCUGAAAUUCCUCGUACAAACGACCUCUCGUCCAGCGUGCUGGGGUUUUGCACACUUCCCGACCCAAGUGUGAAUGCCAGCAGCCCCCGCGCCGACUAUAUCAAGGAUGGCUGCAAUGUGCUCGCCAAUACGAUGCCCGGGGGCUCAUUAGAUCUUUACAAUCGAGGAGGGACUGCAAUUCACGAGAUUGGACACUGGAACGGUCUCCUGCACACCUUUCAAGGAGAGUCUUGUUCUGCGGACAACCCCGGGGACUAUAUUGCCGACACGCCCCAGCAGUCCAGCCCUACAGACGGAUGCCCUGCCCGAAGAGACUCAUGCCCGCAUUCCCCGGGGCUGGACCCCAUCCACGAUUUCAUGGACUACUCCUCUGACGUCUGCUACGAGAGUUUCACGCCGGGCCAGAACGAACGCAUGCGAAACAUGUGGGUGUCGAUGCGUGCCGGGAAAUAG